AUGGCUGUUCCAAAAUCCAAGUCGGAUCCUUACAACUUCCUAAAAAUCACACAAAACCCGGAUGGGUCAUUGACCCGACUUGCCCCCCUUCCAUCCUCCCCUGCAACACCACAACUCACAGCUGAUUACCAACUCGCUUUCUCCAAAGAUAUACCACUUAACACCAGCAACACCACCUUCAUCCGCCUCUUCCGCCCUGUGUCACCACCGACAACCACUACCGGGAAACUCCCGAUCAUUAUCUACUUCCACGGCGGUGGAUUUAUUCUCUUUAGCGCCACCUCUUUUCCCUUCCACAAUUCAUGUGCCGCCAUAUCCGCCCAGUCUCCGGCGAUUGUGAUCUCCGUCGAGUACCGCCUUGCUCCUGAACACCGUCUCCCGGCGGCGUAUGAUGAUGCCAUGGAGGCGGUGUUGUGGGUGCGUGACCAGGCAUUACAGAUCAACGGUUGUGAUGAGCGGUUGACUGAGCUCGCUGACUUUUCCAAAGUAUACUUGAUGGGAGAUAGCUCAGGAGGAAAUAUAGCGUACAAUGCUGGCUUACGUGCCCUUGAUCUUGAUCUUAAUCCAAUAAAGAUCGUAGGGCUCAUAAUGAACCAACCGUUUUUUGGUGGGGUGAAGCGCACUGAAUCAGAACUUCGACUGGUGAAUGACCGUAUAGUCCCUUUGAUGGCUAAUGAUCUCAUGUGGUCUCUCGCACUACCCAAAGCUAGUGAUCGAGACCAUGAAUAUUGUAAUCCAUUACGAGAUGUAAACAGAUCUCGAAGUGAAAAGAUCAUACAUUUACCAAAAUGUCUGAUCUUAGGUAACAAUGGAGACCCACUAAUUGAUAGACAAAAAGAGUUUGCUAAUAUGUUGGAGGCUUGUGGGGUGUAUGUGAGAAGGAAAUUUGACGAUGAAGGGUACCAUGGUGUACAAAUCUUCGAUUCCCAAAAGGCACAAAUCUUUUAUGAUGAUGUCAAGUGUUUCGUUUGGGGUCUUGAUAUGAAAAGAUCAACUUUAUGA